AUGGCAAAUGGUACAUACUUUAGUCAGCUAUGUAUACUAGAUGCAAAGUAUAAUAACAAGGGAAAGUAUAUAUUGAGGAGUGGCCUAUCUGCUUAUAAUCAAGGUUAUGAUAGAGUUUUCAACGUCAAGAUUAAAGGACCUCCCAAACUUUCCAUAACAUUACAUGAUACCAAACAUCCAACUAUAAAUAAAAUGAUACAUUUAAAUUCGAGUCUUUUGGUCAACCAUACCGACGAUAUAACGUUAACUUGUGUAGCUGAAAGUUUUCCUUCCUCUAUAGUUUGGCUAAACUGUGGCAACCGAGAUAACAAAAACUUAAAUGGAAUAAUUCAAAUUAAUGACUCUACUAUUCAAAUCGUCCAAGCAAGUUUUCAUGAUUCCAGUCUUUGCUAUUGUAUGGCUAAUAACACAUAUGGAAAUGAAAGAAUUAAUAUUAACAUAAUCAUUCGAGCACCGCCAGCAAAUAUUACAGAUAUAACGGUCAAGAAUGUAACAAAUACCAACUUGAUUAUUUUCAUUAAUUCCGAUUACAGCCUAUUAGCGAAAGGAUUAUUCUACCUUAUAUUUAACCAAGCCAUGAGUAAACCUACUAAUACGACUAUGAGAAGCCAAAACUUUAAUGUAUCUACUAUUAACUAUCAAACCUGUCAUGAUACGAUAUGUAAAAUUAAUUUUUUACAACCAUGGACUACUUAUAAUUUUUGGUUACAAGCUGUUAAUGACUACGGAAGAAGCGGUAAUAGUUCCAAGAUUCGAAUCACGAUGAAAGGUAUGCCAAUUAGUCCCCAAAUCAUAAAGAUAACCGAUAAUAUUGACUUUGUGGUGUUGGAAUGGCAAGCAUUAAAUUUACAUGAUGGAACCAACAUUACUUAUAGCUUCAGUUAUAAGCAAAGUACAUCGAACAAAUGGCUGACAAUGUUGAUCACAGAUCACCAAGAAGAGUCCUUGCAAAAGCAGAAUAUCUCAGUUAGAUAUGUACAUAUUGCAAACUUAACGAAAGGCAGUAGUUAUGACUUUAAGUUGCAAGCAACAAAUGCCUUUGGUACAAGCAGCAGUCAGAUAAAGAGAUUAAAUACGAUAGGUUUAAAGUCAGGAACAAUGUACAAUUUUCAAAUCUUAUCUAUUAGUAAAGUGGGCAUUACGUACAGCGAAUGGGCAUCUUAUAAAACAAAAGAAUUGCCCAAUCCUCCAAGAAAUGUUAGCGUCCAAGGCACCGUUUAUAGAGCCGCUAUAAUUCGAUGGCGGAAAAGUAACUUUGGCGAUGAUAUAACAGGAUUUGCUGUCUACUAUAGGACAAAUUCUUCUAGUAUUUAUGAUAUGCAAAUUGUUAAUUCAAGUGAAAUAUCGACUAUUCUCACCAAUUUACAGUACAAUAGCACUUACCAGUUAUAUAUCAUCACCGUAAGCAUCUAUGGCAGAAGUAAACCAAGCAAAAUGGUAUAUUUUCAAACAGCGUCACUUAGGGAUGAACUUUAUGUUAACAACAGUUUAAGUAAUACUACGUUAAACUAUCAUGGCAGCAAUUCUCCAGAUGGCUUCGCAAAUAAUGAUCAUAUAUUCGCGCCAAUUGCUGCAACAGUAAUUUCUCUACUGCUAAUAUUCUUACUUCAUUUCCUUUACAAACGAUAUUGUCGACGUCCACAUAUAUCAGCUCCACAACAAGAUGUCGAUUUUGAAGAUACAGACACGCAGUUAUCAAAAUCCACUUCAGGAGUUUCCAGUCGUAGCCUAGACUUGACAUACCUGUAA